GGAUAGUUUAUCUCCAACAAGGAAAGAAAUCGUUAUGUGAAUUAGUGUGACCGUCAAGAAAAGAAAGUUUAAUCCAAAUAAGGAAGUUGUCCAUUGGGAUUUUCACAGAAAAUAAGAGUACAAACUGGGAUCGCGGGUUUCUCCAUAUGAAGGUCAAUUAAGGUGAAAUAGUUCAAAAAACAUCGCGAGGAUCGUCCUCUUCACAUGCCUAAGCAAUUACCAGACACCCUAACAUGUCUUCAUCACAUUAUAGCCUUUUGAUCAUUCUGAUAGCUUUCUCAGCUUGUGUUGCUACCGGGAAGAGUUACUACAUUCCGAAACUGAGCGUACUCCGCCGAACAUUUAUUCAAGAUCCUACACGGGUGGUUCGAGCAAAGGACUUCCAGACUUUCUUUUACAACCAAACCCUAGAUCAUUUCAAUUACAGGCCUGAAAGUUACACUCUUUUCAAACAAAAAUAUGUGAUCAAUUUCAAAUAUUGGGGUGGCGCGAAUGCAAGCGCCCCGAUCUUCGUUUAUCUCGGUGCAGAAGCAGCCAUCGACGGUGACAUAGGCGGUGUCGGGUUCCUCAUGGAUAAUGCGGCUCACUUUAGAGCACUUUUAUAUAGAGUUGAAAUCUUGCAGCAUCGGUUUUAUGGUGAAUCAAUCCCAUAUGGGUUGACACUCGACAAAGCACUAAGUGACCCCAACACUCGUGGAUAUUUCAGCUCAGCACAAGCUCUUGCCGAUUACGCGGAAAUCAUUGUAUACCUAAAACAGAAAUUGAAUGCCAAACAUUCUCCGGUAAUUGUCAUUGGAGGAUCAUAUGGGGGAGUGUUAGCUUCAUGGUUUAGAUUGAAGUACCCUCAUGUGGCACUCGGAGCUUUGGCAUCAUCCGCUCCAAUUCUCUACUUUUACGACCUCACUCCUCAUGACUCAUACGCUUCAGUAGUCGCAAAAGAUUUUUUGGAAACUAGUUUUUCUUGCCACCAAACCAUAAGAAGAUCCUGGGAAGAAAUUGAUAGAGUUGCUUCUGAGCCUCGUGGUCUCACGAAAUUGAGCAAAACUUUCAAAACUUGCAGACCAUUGCGAAGUUCUUCAGAGCUCAAGGACCACUUGAUAGGGGUCUACGCUGGUGCUGCUCAGUACAAUGAUCCAUUCAAACGUCCGGUGGAAGCGAUAUGCAAUGCCAUUGAUGGAGCUUCUCCAAGAAAUGAAAUUCUCUGGAAGAUUUUCGCAGGCCUCGUCGCAUCCGACGGAAAUUUGACAUGCUACGUCAAUCCACCUUCUCCACGUCCAUCUCAAACUGAUUUGGGUUGGCCUUGGCAGAGAUGUAGCGAGAUGGUGGCUCGUGAGGACAGCAUCAACAAUACUAUGUUUCAACCAGAACACUUUGUUCUAAAUGAGUUCGUGAAUGACUGCAAGACAAGCUUCGGGGUCGCACCUCGGCCACAUUGGGCCCCUACUUAUUACGGUGGUCAUGACAUAAAACUUGUUUUGCACAGGUUCGCGAGCAACAUUAUUUUCUCCAAUGGGCUUCAAGAUCCUUAUAGCAGGGGUGGGGUCUUGAAGAAUAUUUCAGAUACUAUCAUCACCGUCUACACAGCUAAAGGUUCUCAUUGUUUGGACAUACUUCCAGCUACGGAAAAAGAUCCCAUCUGGUUGAUCAAGCAGUGGAAAACUGAGGUUGAGAUUAUAAGAAAAUGGAUCGCCACUUACUAUGCCGAUCUUCGUGCUUUUGGAAAAUAA